CGAAAUAGUCGCAUUGGAGGUGUAGCUAGUUUCAGUCUAUUCACGCUUGGCGCCGUUGAUGGUUUUUCAAUUCGCUAGCACUUCACGUGAAUUGUAUAAAAAUAAAUAGCAACAAGCAUGGCGUGUUCAACAAAAACUCUAAAAGUAUUUUCUUUGAUUUGGGAUAUCCUCUAUGCGCUACUUGGCUUGGUUAUCAUUGGCAUUGGGGCAUAUGUGAUCAUCAAACUUGAAUAUUUCAAUACCGCAGCCUUCGUAAUACUCGGCUUGGGCAUCGUGGUGUUCUUGACCGCAGUCUUGGGUUCCUUGGGUGCGGCACAUGAAAGCAGCCAGAUCUCCAAAACGUUCGCCAUAAUUCUGCUGUUAUGGGUUGUGCUGCAAACACUAUCGGUUGGCUUCUUUUGGAUCUUCCAAUCGACAUUGCUGAUCAACAUUGAUCACACCUUCGAUCAAUUGUGGGGUACACCAAUAGUGCCCAUCAAGCCGGGCAACACUAGUCAUAUAGCGAGCAUUGAGAGAUGGCUCGAUUGUUGCGGCAAUAUCGGCUCCAGCGAUUACCUGCUCCCGCCAAAUAGCUGUUACAACAGCGUUACAGACAAGUUGAACUUCGACGGCUGUCGGCAGAAGUUCCUCACUUAUGUGGCCGAGCGUUGGCAGGCGUUUAAUUUCUUCGCCAUCGGUGUGGUUUUGGUCGAGCUGAUUUGUGCCGCUUUCGCCUGGGUCUUGGCUAACAGCAUUGUGAAUCGCUGGCGCCGCUCGAAAUACUAUCCCAAAUAAGCAGUUUAACGCGAUUCAUUUAAAUGCGCACAAAGGCCAAAGAAUUUCUACACACAUAUACAUAACCAAAUAUAGGUGAAAAGUAUGUGUAUGCAUAAAUGAGUAAAUGCAGUUACAAACGUACGCAACUAUACAAACCGAUCAAUGUAUUUUUGUUAUUGAUUUUUUUUCAUUUUUAAAUUUUUUUGAUUUUUUUGUUUUUGUAAACAAAGUCACCACACAACGAUAUUUUGUAGAAGUGCUUGUUCUGACGCUGGAAAAUAUGAAAUUAAUUUCGCUAGUCUACCUCAACAUGCUCAUAAAUUAGCUAAGCUAUUAAAGAAAACAGUAAAAGCACAACUCUGAACUCAGCUUAGCUGAAAAAUUUAUAGUUACCAACACACACAUAUUUCUCAGCGAUAAUAAACACAUAGUGGUAUGUACAUACAUAUAUGGUAGACGAAAUUUGUUUAAUUCGUAAAGGAAAUGAAACGGUGGUGCCAAAAAUGGUAUUCAACAGGGAGUAAAUUUGACAAAAUAUUAAAUACAUUAAUUUUAUAAGAACAUUUAUAAAUGUUUAAAAAAAAAUUAAGUAAAUCAACACCUACAUAUUAUAUAAGCAGCAAACGAUUCAAUAAUUAAUAUAUAUAUAUUAUAAUAUAAUAAUUAUUAUACAAGUCAUAAUAAAUUUUUCGAAGCAUAAUUGCGCUGUAUUGUUGUUAACAUUAGUUUAAGUCGUUAAUAAAUGUAUUUAAUUAAAAUUGUGCAUGUUAAAUAACAACUAAACUGACGAAAGUAUACAGAAAUAGAAACAAAUUUUAUAAAAUGUACAAACUUAUACUAUAAAAAGUAAUAAAUUGAUCAUUAAAAAAUUGCAUUUUUCUCAACAAAUCAAUAAAAUGUAUAUACAGUUAAAAAAAAAUAAUAAAAAACCGAAAACGAUAUUUUUACUGGCAGCGAAAAAUUUCCGUU